AUGCAAGCUCAGCAAAAAUUUAAAGGCUGCUGUGAAGAAACGUGAAGAGUAUGAGUCUUAGUUUAAAAGCUGCCACUGAGCCUCCUGGUGACAAGGGGAGGCGUAGAAAGAGACGGGAGUUGAGUGAAGAACAGAAGCAAGAGAUUGUGGAGGCCUUCAAUCUCUUUGACACAGACAAAGACCAAGCUAUCGACUAUCACGAACUGAAGGUGGCCAUCAGAGCUCUCGGCUUUGAGGUGAAGAAAGCGGACGUGUUGAAAAUUAUGCGAGACUGCGACAAAGAAGGAAAAGGGACAAUAUCAUUUCAAGAUUUCUCAGAGAUCAUGACUGACUGGAUGUUGCAAAGGGACCCUAAAGAGGAACUAGUGAAAGCAUUCCAGUUAUUUGAUGACGACCAAACCGGUAAAAUCAGCCUACGUAAUCUGAGACGAGUUGCUAGGGAACUGGGAGAGAACAUGUCUGAAGAUGAACUUAAAGCAAUGAUCGAUGAAUUUGACACGGACAAUGAUGGGGAGAUUGGUCAAGAAGACUUUGUGGCGAUAAUGACUGGAGACACUUAAACACACAUUGUAGCUAUGGCAACAAGCAUUUAUACCUAUCACCAUCCUCAUUGUAUGUCUGAUAUCACUUACUAUAAUUUAUACAUGUAUUGAUGUUCUACCCAGAAUAAUAAUAAUAAUUGCGGCACUGG